AGUGCUGGUAAUGAAGUUGUCCUGUAGCGUCAUUGAACUGAGAUUUCUAUGGUCCCGGAAGUGUCGUCCUUCUUUCCCCGGCAGUAAAAUGGCGGCUGUUGAUUGCGAUAUGCCCAUGGAGCCGGAGCCACAAAUAAUGAGUGAAGAGGAGAUGGAGAGAGAGGCAGAAGGCUUCAAAGAACAAGGGAAUGCAUUUUACAUCAAGAAGGAUUACUCUGAAGCAUUCAACUACUACACAAAGGCUAUAGACACCUGCCCGAAGAAUGCCAGUUACUAUGGGAACAGAGCAGCCACCCUGAUGAUGCUGAGCCGAUACAGAGAGGCGCUGGAGGACUCCCAGCAGGCUGUGAGGCUGGACGACUGCUUCAUGAAGGGUCAUCUGCGAGAGGGGAAGUGCCACUUGUCUCUGGGAAACUCCAGGGCUGCCAGCCGCUGCUUCCAGAAAGUUCUAGAACUGGAACCCGACAAUAGCCAGGCACAACAGGAGGAUAAGAAUGCAGAAGCCGUGCAGAAUUUUGAGAAGAUGGCGGAGUUUGACUUUGAGAAGAGAGAUUUUAGAAGGGUGGUCUACUGCAUGGACCGCGCCUUGGAGUUCGCCCCCGCCUGUCACCGCUUCAAAAUCCUGAAAGCCGAGUGUCUGGCCCUGCUGGGCCGUUACCCAGAAGCUCAGUCUGUGGCCAGCGACAUCCUGCGGAUGGACUCCACGAAUGGCGACGCCCUGUACGUGCGGGGCCUGUGCCUGUACUACGAGGACUGCAUCGACAAGGCCGUGCAGUUCUUCGUGCAGGCGCUGCGCAUGGCCCCCGACCACGAGAAGGCCCGUCUGGCCUGCAGAAAUGCCAAAGCCCUAAAAGCCAAGAAGGAGGAGGGGAACAAAGCCUUCAAGGAGGGCAACUACGACGAGGCCUACAAGCUGUACUCUGAGGCGCUGACAAUAGACCCCAACAACAUCAAGACCAACGCCAAGCUCUACUGCAACCGGGGAACCGUGGGCUCCAAGCUGAAAAAACUAGAGCAAGCCAUCGAAGACUGCACAAGCGCCAUUAAGCUGGACGAGACGUAUAUCAAAGCCUACAUGCGAAGAGCGCAGUGCUACAUGGACACGGAGCAGUAUGAGGAAGCUGUGCGGGACUACGAGAAGGUCUAUCAGACAGAGAAAACAAAAGAACACAAACACCUCCUGAAGACUGCGCAGUUGGAGCUUAAGAAGAGCAAACGGAAAGAUUACUACAAGGUGCUGGGGGUGGGCAAAAAUGCCACAGACGAUGAAAUCAAGAAGGCGUACCGCAAACGGGCUCUAAUGCACCAUCCAGAUCGACACAGUGCAGCCACCCCUGAGGUGCAGAAGGAGGAGGAGAAGAAGUUCAAGGAGGUGGGAGAGGCCUUCACCGUACUGUCUGACCCCAAGAAGAAGUCCCGAUAUGACAGCGGCCAUGAUCUGGAAGACGAUGGCAUGAACGCAGGAGAUUUUGAUGCCAACAACAUCUUCAAGGCUUUCUUUGGAGGUCCUGGGGGAUUCAGCUUUGAAACAAAUUCAUCAUCCGGACCCGGAAAUUUCUUUUUCCAGUUUGGCUAAAAUGGAGGUUCCCAGUUUGUAUGCAGUAGCCCCAUCAUGGACAUUAUUCACUCAUCUCCUACCCUACAUUCAAUGUUCCUGACAUUUGUGCUGCUCAGUCUGGUGCCAUGAUGGAAUUCGUAUUCACGAGAAAAACUAAAAUUAAAAAUAAAAAUGUCCCAUUUUCUAUUUUAAUUUGACAAUUUGUCCAGAAAUCAUGGAUUAUUAUUUUGUGAUGCUGCCCUUUAUCAUUCCAGAACUGGACAGAAAACAUUGGAUUUCAAAUUCAGCUGAGCGAAGUAGAUGGCAUGCUUUCCUUUUUUAAAAUGAAAAACUACUUUUUGUAAGGAACAGGAUGGUAUGCAUCAAACAAUAGUCCAAUGAAAGUUUUCCUAUCAUAGUAGUAUGGCGAUUCUCAAACUGGCAAUGGAGUUAAAAUGUAAAGUGAAAACUUAUAUUGUUCAGAGACAAGAUGUUUAUACUCUCCAUAGCCAUAAGAAGCUCUGACUGAGUUAGCUUUGUAACAAAAAUGUUGAAGCCCGCACUGGCAUAGAGUGUCGUGGGUGGAGGAUGGGGAGUGUGUGCAAAACUUGAAUCCCAUUGUAGCCUUCUGUGAUUUAUUGCCCGAGUUCUCACAAAGCAUCUUCAGGGUUUGAGGAGCGUAAUUCUGAAACGUAGGCGCACUAAGAAUAUGUUAGUAACAACAAUGGCAUGUGUAACCCAUUGGAUGAAGGUGUUGUGAAUACAAGUCUGUCGUCAUGUCUGUAGGAGCAGAAUUUUCACACGUUGAGUAAAAAAAGAAAAGAAAAAAAAAAAAGAUUUUUAGGCUCUCAUUGAUAUUUGAAUUUGCCGCAUUGUACAUUUUACUGGAAUGUAAAGUGAUUUAUGUUCAUAGUUGAUUACGUUUUUUGUUUUUAUAUAUAUUUAUUGUAAAAUCACAAACCGUAGUCCCCACGGUCAAGGAGAGUGGGUGAUUUGCUCAACUGGAAUUUAUUUAAUUUUAUUUUUUGAGAAUUUCAGAUAUACUACCCCAUUUGAAACUCCUACUGAAGUGCAACCACUUUUUUUUUUUUUAAA